AUGAACACAAGGACCAGCAAACAACCACUCGCUAGUCCGCUAUCCGAUCCCGAAAAAUCAUUUUCAAAAAGGAUAAAGAAAUCUUUGAAAAAUUCUAGAAACAUUUUAGAAAGUAGUAGUUUUGUUAACAUAGGAGGGUCAAAUCUUUUUGAAGAAGAAAAAGUUGUUUUAGAAAAAUCAAAUCAACCACCAUCAAUUAACAUGGCAGGCCCAAUAGAUAGACUUAAUCAACCCAUGUGGAGCAGGCAAAGAAAUGUGGCACCGAUCCCUGGAUCCGCCAUAGUGAAGCCUGAAUUACGAGAUAAUUUCAUUGUUAAAGGAAACCACAUGAAAAUGAUUCUAGAAAACCAAUUUGAUGGUAAAUUUCUUUCUGAUCCAUAUAAACAUAUCGCAAAUUUCGAGGAAAUUUGUGAAAUGUUUAAAUAUGGUAGAGACAUGGUAGAACCUGUUAAGCUACGGUUUUUUCCGUUAUCUUUAACAGGGGAAGCUAAACUUUGGUUUAAUGGAUUAGAAGAAGGUUCAAUUGAUUCUUGGGAUGAAAUGAAAAAAGUUUUUGCAAAUAGAUUUUUUCCACCCGGUUUGCAACAAAAAUUGUUUAAUGACAUAAGAACUUUUAAGCAAUACGAAAAAGAAAACUAUAUCGAUUCUUGGAUAAGAUUGCAAAAAUUGCUUAAAAAAUAUUAUGGUCAUGGUCUAGAUAAAGAACAAAUUGUAAACAUAUUUUACAAUGGUCUAUACGAGAAUUCCCAAAUUCUACUUGAUGCGGCUGGUGGAGGAAUAUUUUUAUACAAAAGCGCAAAUGAUGCUUAUCAAGUCAUGGAGGACAAAGUAACGAUGAGAAUGUCAAAGACCAAGGUUGAGGAAGGGAAAUCAAAGGCAGUAUCGUUCGUGGAAGCAAAGGAAGAAAGUUCAAGGAUGGAGGUAAAGUUUGAUACUAUGAUGAAUUUGUUCACUAACAAAUUCGACAGCCUAGAAAAAGAGAUGAAUAAUCUGAAAUAUGGUUACUCACAUGGUGGGGCAAGCCAUAACUCUGAAGAUUGCGAUGCAAUUAGGGUUCAUGAAGAGGCGAAUUAUUUGCAAAACAAUUACCAAGGAAAUAACCAACGUGGUUGGGGUCAAAACCGCAACCAAGGAAAUAUUACCAAUGGUUUUAAUUCUCACUCAAACAUUUUCCCUACAAGAUACCCUAGAAACAACCAAGAUAUCCAAAACCAACCCAACCAGAAUUUCCCAAAUCACCAACAAAAACCACAUAAUGAAGUACCCAUACAACCAACCCAAAAGUCAAAUGAGGAAACCACUUUAACAUCACUUGAAGCAACAAUAAAAAACUUCACGAAUUUUCAAAAAACAACCAACCAGGAACUUUUCAGGAGACUUGAUAUCCUUAGAGCCAACCACGAACAAGGCCUUCGUAAUCACCAAGCGUCUAUAACUGAUUUGGAAAAGAAGUUGGAUCGCAUAGGUGAAACAUCAACAUACAGACCAACUGGCUCACUACCCAGCAAUACACAACCAAAUCCGAUACCCUCAAGCUCAAAUUCAAACUCAAACCAAACAUAUAAGCCCCCUCCCGCUAGAACCGAGCAUGUAAAUGCUAUUUUUACAAGGGCUGGUAACAUUUACCAAACUAACAUUGAAAGUGAAGCUCCUACCGAUUCACCAAAACUUGUAUCCGAACCUGUAGAAGAUGACUUCACCGACGAUGAAAGUGUGGCAGAAGAGAUUGAAAUGGAGCCAAAACCAACAGAAAAGAGGCCAACUGUUUCCACUGCACCAGUUAAACCACCGCUAAAGGCGUACAAACCAAAGAUUCCAUACCCACAACGCUUGAGAAAGGAGAAGAUGGCGGCAAGAUAUGGCAAAUUUCUUGAGAUGAUCAAAGCAAUUCGCAUCAGUGUGCCAUUAGUUGAUGUACUUGCAGGGAUGCCAAACUAUGCUAAGUUCAUCAAAGAAUUGUUGAACAACAAGGACAAGUUGGAGGAAGUGUCGGCAACAUUUUUGAAUGAAGAAUGCACAGCCAUUUUGCAGAAUCAGAUUCCACCAAAGCUUGACGAUCCAGGGAGUUUCAUAAUUACUUGUUCUUUUGGAAACAUAUUAACUUGUGAUGCGUUAGCGGAUUUAGGGGCUAGCAUAAACUUGAUGCCUUAUUCUUUAUAUGCUAAAUUGUCCUUAGGAGCAUUAAAACCCACGGGAAUGAGCAUUAGAUUAGCUGACCGCUCAUUUCAAUAUCCGUUAGGCAUAGCUGAAAAUAUGUUGAUAGAAGUUGGACAUUUCAUAUUUCCAGUUGAUUUUGUUAUACUUGAAAUGGACGAGGAUAGUAAAGUACCAUUAAUCUUAGGGAGACCUUUUCUAUACACUGCUGAUGCAAUAAUUCGUGUAAAAGAUAAGGAAUUAACCUUAGGUGUUGGAGAUGAUAGAAUGGCCUUUACUAUUGAUAAAGUAAUGAAGCACUCAUAUUCUACUGAUGAUACGUGCUUUCGUGUUGAUGUGAUUGACGAAAAUGUGAAUGAUUACACGCAAGAAUUACUGGAAUUAGUUGAUAACAUCUGGGGAGAAUUUGAAGAUGAAGAGGAUGGUGAUGUGAAACCUGAAGAAGCUGAAGAAAUAAUGAAGUUGAGCAUAGACGAAAGUCCACUAGAGGACGAGGCAUUUGAGGAAAUAAAGAAGGAAGAACGAUUGAGGAUCAAAACAUCAUUAGAAGAGCCACCCACAGACUUAGAACUCAAACCACUUCCAAGUAACUUGGAAUAA